AUGAGCCACGCCGAGAAGCUGGAGGAGCUGAAUCGCAGGAGGAUAGCGGAAGGGAAGCGCCCGCCCCCGAGACAAGGCAUAAGCAAGCGCGUCGGCCUGACAAGCGCCAGAGGCGGCAGGCCCAAGCAGAGGCCUCUGCAACACCUAAGUACAAGCCUCCUCCGGAAAGAGGUUGGGCGGCCCAUGAGUCCUGGGACAUGGGGGCGCGCAGCUUUAGUUCCUACUGGGACUGGGGGUCGCAUCAGGCCGUACACCAAAGAGGCAGCAGGGACAAAGACGCCUCCGCUGCCAGGAUUGGAGCAGGGUACCACGGCUGCGCCCUCCCAAGGAGAGGUUCUGACCCACUCACCCUCCUCGGAGGUCCAAGGGGAAGACAAACCGCCGGGUUCGUCUGUACAACAAGCGCGCGCCGAUGAUUCCCAACAACCACCCUCCUCGGAGGUCAAAAAGGAGGUCAAAAAGGAGGCACCAAAGGCCAGUUUCCAAAACAACCAGGCUGCUCCGGAAGAGGAAGAAGAGGAGGUGAAGGUAGAGACUUCCCCAACAGACAGCAAGGAAAUCGUAGAGAUGGAACCAACCAGCGAGGAAGAGAAAGGAGGUAGUCCUAAACCCUCCUAUUCGUACGAAUCGUCUUCCUCGGACACGGAACUGAGGAGGUCCCACGAUGUACCGAACACUUCCUGGAAAGCCAUCCUCGGAGACGAGGUUCUGGAGAUCAACUGCGAGCGUAAAGCAAGAAGCAAAACAGGCGCAACUGGAUGGCGCAAUGCUCCGACCACUUCUGGUGCCCUCAGCACCCAGAGGUUCAGUCCAAGUAUCUGGGGCAUGGAGGGACCAGGAUGGUCAUCUCCGCGCCACAUUCACCAGAUCUUAUCUGCGAAUUCCUCACCAGGGGCCUCCCACCAUGGCCACGGGAGGGAAGUUGAGCUUAGCUCUUUCUACCAAGGGAUUUUCCCGAGCCACAGCCGCAAUGUGGGGAGAGGCCUAGUCAAAAUCGCCGGCUGGGGCGAAGUGCACGUGAGCAUCACGGAGUUUGAAAGGCUCCUACCCCCACCCUCCAUCCCUACAGAGGAGGAGGUUCUACACAUGGCUUGGAUUCUGGGUACGGCGGCUCUGUACGGAUUCACAGUGCGGGCUGCCAACCCCAAGAAUUGGGGACUAAGACCGUGCAAAUCCCCCUCGGAUGCGCCCGAGUUUGUCAUGUGUGACGUGGCAGGUUGGGAACCCUCAGACCGAGGUUGGACCCCGGACCGCGCGUGCCCGCAAAGGAUCCGGGUCUAUGGACAGCUCAGCGCAACAGCCAAAGGCCGCAAAGUCAUAGCUGCCAUGAUGCGGCAGGAAUGCUUGAGCUUUACCCCAGUCGGGGAGCCAGCGGUAGCUGCGCAGCUCAAGGGAACGCUCCAACCCUCCGACUGGAGGUUGCUCACCCUCCCCAGGGUAGAUGGGGUGCGCGUCCUAAAGGAGGAAGGGACCGCGAAUGCCAACGAUCAAGGGGCCAAUUAG